ACCAACACCUUUCCUUUCCCACCCUUCCCCUCCACCACCCUCUUCUUCUUCUUCUUCUUCUUCUUCUUCCUCCUCAGUCCUCCAUUAAUGGACACUCCACACUCCCCCUACAAACAAUACAAACCCCCACCACCACCACCACCACCACCACCGCCUCCUCCUCCAAACUCCUUCACCAACCCCAUCAAACCCUUCCCUCUCUCCCCCAAAACCCUCAAGCCAAAAACCCACAAGCCCAUCGAUUCCCAUUUGCACCGUCUCCGCCGCAACGGGCGGCUCCAAGACGCCAUUUUGGCGCUCGAACAGGGGCGCCCCAUCAAACCCAGAACCUACAUUUCCCUCCUGCAAUCGUGCAUCGAUUCGGAGUCGAUCGAGCUCGGUCGGAGGCUCCACUCCUCGGCCGCAGCUGCGGUGGAGGGCGGCGCGGACCCUUUCGUUGGGGCCAAAGUGGUGAGCAUGUACGCUAAAUGUGGGAGCUUCGACGAUGCCCGCAAGGUGUUCGAUGAAAUGCGCGAGAGAAAUCUCUUCGCGUGGUCGGCAAUGAUCGGCGCCUGCGUUUGGGAGCAUCGGUGGGAGGAGGUUGCUGGGCUUUUUGCUCGCAUGGUUGGCGAAGAAGUAAUGCCCGAUCGGUUCUUGCUCACGAGAAUUUUGCAGGCGUGCGCGAACACUGGGGACGUAGCGGUAGGGAUGUUGUUGCACUCUUUAGCGGUUCGGUUGGGUUUUAUCGACUCACCGGAAGGUAACCAUCUAGUGAAUUCGGUGUUAGCUAUGUAUUCAAAGUGCGGUGAAUUGAGUUCCGCGAAGAGGUUCUUCGAGCAAAUGGUUGUGAAGGAUGAUGUGUCGUGGAAUUCGAUAAUCUCCGGGUGUUGCCAAUGUGGAGAGAGGGAGCAAGCAUUGAGCCUCUUUAAGCUGAUGAGAGCGGAAGGGGUCGAACCGGGCCUCGUCACUUGGAAUAUAUUGAUAGCAAGCUAUUGUAAGUCGGGCUAUCUUAAUAUCGCAACGGAGCUGACGAAGGAGAUGGAGAAUUAUGGGAUUGCCGCAGAUGUAUUCACUUGGACUAGUUUGAUAUCGGGUUUUGCUCAAAAUGACAGGGAAAAUGAAGCGCUCGAUCUCUUUCAGAAGAUGCGGCUUUUGGGUGUGGAGCCGAAUGGCAUCACUGUUUCGAGUGCAAUUUCAGCUUGUGCUUCUUUGAAAUCUUUGACCCAUGGGAGGGAGCUCCAUUCAUAUGCUGUUAAGAUAGGAUGUGUAAACGCUGUUUUGGUGGGGAAUUCGUUAGUGGACAUGUAUGCAAAAUGUGGGAGGUUGGAAGAUGCUCGUAAGGUUUUUGAGAAAAUGCCGGCGAAAGAUGUUUUCUCAUGGAAUUCGAUGAUUGGGGGUUAUACGCAAGCUGGGUAUUGUGGAAAAGCUUUCGAACUUUUCUGCAAGAUGGAGAGAUUUGGUGUUCGACGAAAUGUAGUGACUUGGAAUGCGAUGAUUUCUGGGUAUGUACAAAACGGGGACGAGGACCAAGCCAUGGAACUCUUUCAAAGGAUGGAAAUUGAAGGAGUUAAGAGGAACACAGCUUCAUGGAAUGCUCUUAUAGCUGGUUCAGUGCACAAUGGUCAUUUGGAUAAAGCCCUAAGGAUAUUUAGACAAAUGCAGUCUGCUUCUAUGAGACCCAAUUCAGUUACUAUUUUGAGUAUAAUUCCGGCAUGCGCGAAUGUAAUAUCGGCAUGGAAAGUGAGGGAGAUCCAUGCUAGCAUACUUCACUAUGACUUGCAAAACAAUACUUCCGUUGCAAACGCUCUUAUUGACGCUUACGCGAAAUCUGGUAACAUGGCAAGUGCUAAAGCAGUGUUUGAUGGCCUUAAAUUGAGGGAUCUCAUCUCGUGGAACUCAAUUAUCGGAGCUUGUGUGAUGCAUGGUCAUUCUCAUAGUGCCCGAAAUCUAUUUUUGGAGAUGGAAAUGGAAGGCAUGAAACCGAAUCAUGCUACUUUCGCUAGUAUGAUUAUUGCCUGUGGUCUUGAAGGCAAUGUGAACCAAGCACAAGAUCUCCUCUCUACUAUGGAAAAUGAAUAUCAGCUAAUGAGGAGAUUAGAACAUUAUACAGCAAUGGUCGGUCUUUAUGGCCGGUCGGGUGGACUUAGAGAAGCAUCUGAUCUUGUCGAGAAUAUGUCAAUUGUGCCGGACUUUGCUUUCUGGGAUGCAUUUUUUACUGCGGCAAGAAUAUAUGAGAAUAUCAGGCUAGCGAAUCUUGCAGCAGAGAAUCUUUUUAAGCUUGAACCAAGAAACCCUAGGAUUCACAGGCUACUAUCUCAUGUACAAGCUUUAUGCGGGCAGUCCUAUAACUUAUCGAAGGUUAGGAAGCCUAAGAAAGCAAGGAAGUUUGAUGACUCUUACGGUUGUUCUUGGUUGGAAGUUAGAAACAAGGUAUAUUGCUUCUUUAACGGUGUUAGUUUCGAUCUCGAAAAGUAUAAUCAAUUUAAAACUAUGAUAGAUGAUUUUAAGCCAGUUUUGACUGAUCGUGGUAAUUCGAGGCUCGAUUUCGAGGAAGAAAAGGAAGAAGUUGGUGGCAUCCAUAGUGAGAAGAAAGCGAUUGCUUUUGGGAUUAUAAAUUCCCCUAAGUUUACAAACAUAAGGAUAAUGAAAAGUGUAAGAAUGUGUACACAUUGUCACACGUUUGCCAAGUUGAUCUCAAAGCAAUAUGACCGUGAUAUGUUCAUAAAGGAUCCCAAGUGCUUGCACCAUUUCAAAGACGGGAAGUGUUCUUGCAGAGAUUAUUGGUGAUUGCAGCUGUAAAUGAAGAGAAAAUGUUGUGAAGUAAGAAGAUACAAAAUCUUAAGGGGCAUUAUCUGCACUGCUAGUGGAAAUAUGGGUUCACUUCUUAGACAGGUAACAUGAUGUAUUCUUGAAUUAGCUUAUUUUUGGUAUGCAACAGCACAAGCAAUCUAACCGACUGAUGCGAGAAUUGAUCCCCUCAUUCUUGCGAUAUUGUAUAUUUUGUUGUACAUUUGAUUCUUACAGCAUUAUAUGAAAUCCAUUCAAUUUGUGUACA